UAUGAUGAAGCAAAAUGUAUAUUUUGUGCUACUUCUUCUUGUUUCCAUGAUCAUUUCUUCACAAGCAUCUAGUCGUUUUUUAGUAAACAACUUGCAAGUGGAAAAGGAAGCAAAAUUAACUAAUAAAUCUAGUGAUGGAGACUCAAUUGAGAAGAUGAGAAGUACUAAUUUAAAUAGGUUGAUGGGGUUAGAAGAAUAUUCAUGUGAGGAUGAAAAUGAUCAAGAAUGCAUUAAGAGAAGAGUUCUUGUAGAAGCUCACUUGGAUUACAUCUACACUCAACACCAUAAUCACCCUUAAUUAUGAGAGAUUAUUACUUAUACUUAUGUAUAGUUCAAGGACUAAUUAAUAUCGAGGUAACCAGUAAAGUUGUCUUCACGUAAUCGAUAGGUGACGGAUUCGAACUUCGGAAACAAUCACAAAUAUUGUAUUGCAUGAUGGUAUAGAUUCAUCUACAUUACAUGAGGCCCUUCCCUCAAUCAAUCAUGUACAAAUAUAAUUGCUUUA